CAGGCUCACUGCCCCUCCUGCCAACAGCCAUUCCCUCCGCUCCACUUCACGCCCCUCCGCCGCUGACUGAUCGAUAGGCAGAUAGGCGAGCAGGACACAGGCUGGACCUCCUGAGUAAAACAUCUCUCUAUGAGUUACUCCCGGCGCGUGGCCUCCUGGUUGUUCUCCCUGCCCGCCCUUCUCGUCCAAGCAUGUGCGCGCGGCGCUAAGCUGGAGAUGAUCUCCGUUUGGCUGCUGUUCCUGAAGCUGCUGAGAGCCACAGCUGGUGUGAAAAGGCCAAAUGGGAGUGAAACAAAUGAAGGCAGGAAAGACUCUUUAAAUCAGCAACAAAAAGAGCAAGAAUACCUCUCCGAGGCUGUCACCAUGGAGACCAGCCAGCUUUCAGAAAUGGUUGAUCUAAAAGACUAUAAAAUGGAUCUGGGGGACACAGAAGAGGAUAAAUGCCAGCAGAGUGAGGAGGAUGGGAGAGAUGAGAGAGACUGCUUCGAUGCACAUUUCCCCGAAUGCCUAGAUACUCAAAAGAUCAACUCCCUGAUCACGGACGAGCACAACAGCAACGAGGUAGCCAAUGAUUGUGUGAGCUUUGAGGAAACUGACAGAAGCGCAGACUUGCAGGACAACAUCAUGGUAAAGGAGACUGAGAAAGAAGAGUCAAAUCUCAGAGAAUCCACACCAUCUCCAGAGCCAGAUGUAGACCACCAAGCCCAAGACCAGCCAGUGGAAGGAGAAGAUGACAACCCACCCACUUUGGAUGUAAAUGGAACAGAGCACCAAGACCUGCAGGAAAGUCUGACAAUAGGCCAAGAAGACAACACAUCCACUUGUGAUACCAAUGGGACAGAGCACCAGGAACCACUGGACAACCAAAAAACAGAGCAAGAAGACUAUGACACAUUAAAUGUUGAUGCAAAUGUAGAAGAACCCCAAGAACCACAGGACAGUCCGACAAUUGAGCAAGAAGAUCACAGCCCAUCUGAUUUUGACACUAAUGUGGCAGAGCACCAAGAACCCCAUGAAAAUCCGAAAGUAGAACAAGAAGACGACACCCAAUCCCCUUUUGAUGCCAGUGGGUCAGAGCACCAAGAACCACAAGGAAGUCUGAAAACAGAGCAAGAAAACAACCUAUCUGCUUUUGAUGGGACAGAGCAUCACGAACUACAGGGAAGUCCAAAAAUAGAGCAGGAAUCUGUAUUGGAGCAGCAAAUCAAGGAGCUAGCCAUUUCUGAUGCCUCCACAGAAUCAUGCCAUGAUAAUGACCAAGAUGAUCUGAGUGACUGUCUGCAAGUGGAGAUGGCUAUUGUUUCAUCAGACAGUGAUGCUGAAGAGCAAUGGAAGUCCAUGGUAUCUCCUGCUGUUGAAAAUGAGAAUGAUAGUGGUGGCAUUCUUGGGUCAGAUCCACCUGAUCUUGGUGAGGAGCCCAACAACCAAGAAGAUGUAAUCGAGGAUAACAGCAGUAUUCUACUAGAGAAUAAUGCUAUACCUGUGCAUGAACUUCUGGAAGAAACAACAGGAUGUAUUGAUAUCUUGGAACAGCCAGAAUGUCCCACAGAAUGUGAGCUGGAAGACCUUUCAUAUGAGGGAUCCAUACACUACCGAAGUUUAACGAAGAUCCCAGAAGAUGAGGAGGAUCUCAACCAAAAUGCAAAGCACAGUCUGCAGCGCUUGUCUGCCUCAACCUCUGAGCUUGACAAGAAGUUACCACAAGACUACUGUGUGAUUGAGGAGGCAAAGAGUGAGAAUGUCAGUACCGAACAUCUGGACUUUAGGAUGGCUCGUCAGCAGUGGAAGAAGAUGGAAGAGCAGAAUAAGGGCCAGUCGCGUCAGCCCAACAUCAAGCAGGGUGCUUGUCAGGGUGGCCAUAGCUUCAUGUACACACCUGUGCGUACCCUAGAGCGUCCCAAGAAAGACCAAGACUCAGACAGUCUAAGUCUUGGUGAUUACCAGUACACCCAGUUUAGCCCUUGCUCAGAAGACUCUGGGCUGGAUGACACAAGCUACAGGUCUCCUUAUGAUGAACCAGAAACUCCAGUUGAGAGGGAGAUACGUGAGACUAUGGAGCGAGAAGAAUCUUUCAGACGAGAGAGGGCCCUGUCAAGAUCAUCUUCUGGUGAGCCUGUAGAAAGCAAACCUAGACCAACCACUUUGCUGGCAAGCAGAUCAGACCCAGACGAUAGAAGAAGGCUGUUUAAUACACCUGAAGACAGAUGCAGGUCACAGAGAUCGCCCAGCACCAGAACCCCAACUUUAUCCAUCACUGCUUCACCAUCAUCAAAACCAGCAUACCAUGAGAUGGUGGCUAACAAUGUCAUCAUCCUUGAGCCAGAUUCUUAUUCCGCAAGCCCAAGGCACAAGGGCAAGGCUCUUCUCUCUCCAGGGACAAGCAGUUUCCACGAGUGGCCCUCAGACAUGAGCAAUGUUAUCAUAUUGGAAACAUCAAAUCUCAUCAUCCGAAGUGCAUCAGAGUUUUGCCUGAGCACCGCAUGCCAGGAGACUCAAGAGAGCACCUUUCAUAAUAAUCCCUUUUUCAAACUGAGAUCACACAGCACACAGUCUCUGGUAGACCAGGAGAUCAAAGUGGUGAGGCAGAGAGAUGAGGAGUUCAGGAGACAGAGGGCGCAGAUGUACACCAAAGAGAAAUAUGACACCGUCCUGGUGUCUCCCAGCUUGCUGGAAAGUUUUACCUACGACCGACCAGGAGAGAUACCAUCAAAAUGCAAGUCCUCCCCUUCAUCCCCUUCAAAGAUACGCAAAAUGGACCGUUCUGUUUUGUCCUGCGAUCAGAAGUUUUACAGGUGAAACUCUCCCCUUCAGUUCCCCGAGGCACCUUUCACCAGAGUCCGGCGAAAAAGUGCCCUGGUUCAGAGAUGGGAGGCAGGGAUCUUCGCCAAUCAUCAAAAGGACUGAAGGAUAGCGCUAACCGCACAAAGCAAAUGUGGUAUAUGCAUUCAGCUAUUUAGCAUUAAAUUAAGUGUUUGGUAUGUCAGCUGGAUGUCAUUCUUCUGAAGUGAGCGUUAAAAAGUCAAGGUAUUGGCCUUUUUACAUAUUUUGAUGUACUGUCACAUGACGGCAAACACGUUUAUGCUAUUUUCAUACUAUAUUUUCUCCUUGAUAAAUUUUGUAGGAUGACAUGAAGCACAAUUUAUAAUGGGACUAAUAUGACGUCGCAUUUUAAAACGGACCAAGAAGGAAAGGACGAGACAACAACAAUGCCAAACGCGAUUUUUAUUAUUUGAAUUUUAAUGAAAUGCAUUCUUUGAAUCACUGUCAUUUUCGAGCCUUAGGUUAUAGGUUUACAUAGAGUUAUAUCCACAAGUGACUUCUCAAUGUAUUCCUUAUUUGAGCUCAUGUAGAACGCAGAAAAGAGGUAGUCCUAGCAAAGUCUGCCGGACGUUUAAUUUAAGACACAUGCAGAUGAACAGACACAAAGCAAAACCAGUGAAUGUUUACCAGACUGUCAAAGCAAGUACUGUAGUUAUUUUCCGCCUUGGUGUUGCUCUUUUUUGCCCUGAAUGUUUUGCUUUGUGAACUGUACUUUUUGAAUUGUUGAUGUUUUUGAGCAUUGAUUCUUGCCUGCUAAAUACAGUAAUGACAUAAUUUAUUAUUCUUGUCAGCAAAUAAUUAUAGGAAAGAGUAUAUGUAGAUGUUUAUUAUAUGUUAUUAUUUGGUUUGUGGCAGAUGGUUCAUUAAUACAGAACUUGAUUUUUCCCCCUUACAGUAUGUUUUCAAUGCAGCCUAUUCAUUUAUCCUCCAAAUAAAGAGAUAUUAAUUACUGAAA